AAAAGUUGAUUCACUCAAGCAUAUGAGGAAAGAGGAAGUUGGUCUCUUUGUUCUGUCGCUCAAAGAUCACUCUGGUGCAGUGGUUGAUGUGAGUGCCAAGGUGGGUUCCCUGAUAGAAGAUUUGACUUACCGGUUGUUGAUAGGCAGCAAGGUCAAUAGAUUCAACCUCAAACCAGUUGUACAAGAAGCAUUUAUCCUUAUUGGAGCUUUCAACCUGGCCGAUUACAUUCCCUACCUCGGCUCAUUCGACCUCCAGGGAUUGGUUCAUCACAUGAAGGCAAUAAGCAAAGUUUUUUAUGAGUUCUUCAAGAAAAUCAUUGAUGAACACAUACACGAUGCUAAAAAUCGCCAAAAUAACCACAAGGGUGACUACAUCGAUGUAAUGUUACAAUUAAUGAAGGAAUCUCAAAACGCAACAGAUGAACAAGGCUAUAUGAUCGAACGAACCAAUAUUAAAGCAAUUAUUUUAGACAUACUUGUGGCUACAAUGGACACAUCAACUGUCACAGUUGAAUGGGCCCUUUCUGAACUGUUAAGGAAUCCAAAGGUGUUGGAAAAGCUACAAGUAGAAUUGAGGGAUAAAGUAGGCAGGGAUCGGGUAGUUGAAGAAGAGGAUUUAGUGAAGCUGAAUUACUUGGACAUGGUAGUGAAGGAAGUCAUGAGGCUUCACCCUGUUGCUCCAUUGCUGGUGCCUCGUGAGUCCAUUGAAGAUAUAACAAUCAACGGAUACCAUAUACCCAAGAAAUCUCAUGUCAUUAUAAAUGCAUGGGCAAUUCAACGAGACCCGAUUGUAUGGUCAGAUAAUGCUGAGGAAUUCUUGCCUGAAAGAUUCAUUGACAAUAAUAUUGACAUUCGGGGACAUGAUUUCCAAUUUAUCCCAUUUGGAUCAGGUCGUAGAGGGUGUUCGGCCAUUCCUUUGGGCCUUGUUGUAGUUAAAUUGGUACUUGCACAAAUGGUACAUUGCUUUGAUUGGGAGCUACCCAGUGGCAUGUCACCUAAUGACUUGGACAUGACUGAGAAGUUUGGCUUAACAGUUGCAAGGACCAGUCAUUUACUUGCUAUUCCUGAUAGAAAUAUUAUUCGGAACACUCAUGGAGAUCAAUGA